CAAAACUCUCAAAGUGUAUCUGUCGCACGCAUUGGAUGUCGUUUGACAAAUUUUAGUUUUCCGAUUUUCUUUAUCAUUUACUGGUCGUUAAUAAGUAUAAUUUAAUUGAUCUUCUUCAUGUAACUUUUACAGUAUUUAUUAUUUUGUGAUUUUUUCUCUUAAGUGCUAAUUAUAAUGCAGUGACACAAGGAAUCUUAUAGAAUCCUACGUUAUUAGGGGAGACAAAAAGGACAUUUCAUGGGUUAGAAAAGAGAUCACCCUUGUCCAAGAUGAGUAAAAUGUCGAAGAACAAGUUGAAUUUGACCCUGCCACCAGGGUCAAUAGACACGGCUCCAGCGGUCACGCCAUCCAACAUGACCCCUCAGCUAAAGUCUGCCACUGCUACUGAGCGGCAGGGCUUAGCUGGGAAGUCCAAGACAAGCAUUGAGGCUUUGACGGAGAGAUUGGAGCAGAUUGAAAUGGAUGACACCCAGAGGCGCAGGAUAGAAGUGUUCCUCUGCCAGAAAGAGAAGAUCGGAGAGCUAAGCGAUGAUGACUUUGAGAAGCUGGGUGAAUUAGGUCAAGGCAAUGGCGGAGUGGUGAUGAAGGUCCGUCAUAAGUCCACUGGCCUGAUCAUGGCUCGAAAACUGAUCCACCUGGAAGUCAAGCCAGCCAUCAAGAAGCAGAUCAUAAGGGAACUGAAAGUGCUCCAUGAAUGUAACUUCGCUCACAUUGUGGGUUUCUACGGAGCAUUCUACAGUGAUGGGGAGAUUUCAAUUUGUAUGGAGUAUAUGGAUGGUGGAUCGCUUGAUCUGAUAUUGAAGAAGGCUGGACGGAUUCCUGAAUCUAUUCUAGGAACAAUAACAUCAGCGGUACUGAAAGGUCUCAGCUACCUUCGUGACAAGCACGCGAUCAUGCACCGUGACGUCAAGCCUUCCAAUAUCCUCGUGAACAGCAAUGGAGAGAUCAAGAUCUGCGACUUCGGAGUCUCGGGACAGCUUAUAGACUCCAUGGCCAACUCGUUUGUGGGGACUAGGAGUUAUAUGUCGCCGGAGCGACUCCAAGGCACGCAUUACUCGGUGCAGUCCGACAUUUGGUCCCUCGGCCUGUCGUUGGUGGAGAUGGCUAUAGGAAUGUAUCCGAUCCCGCCGCCCGACGCCAAGACCUUAGCGGCCAUAUUUGGAGGACAGAAUGAAGAUCACUCGCCCGGACAGGCGCCAAACUCUCCCCGUCCGAUGGCAAUAUUCGAGCUGCUGGACUACAUAGUGAACGAGCCGCCUCCCAAGCUGCCGGCCGGUAUCUUCUCCGACGAGUUCAAAGACUUCGUGGAUCGCUGCCUCAAGAAGAACCCUGAUGAAAGGGCCGACUUGAAAACGCUGAUGAACCACGAGUGGAUCCGCAAGGCAGACGCGGAGAAGGUGGACAUAGCGGGCUGGGUGUGCAAGACCAUGGACCUGAUGCCCUCCACGCCUAAUUCUAACGUGUCUCCUUUUUCUUCAUAAGCUGCAAGAAGUGCAUACUUUCAUCAGCGAAAAAGGGUCAAAACAUUUCCCAAGAGAAAGCGGGCGACACAAUCACCGAAGACGCUGGCGGUGAAGAAUAGCUGCCCUGAGAACACGCGAUGACAGAAAACAGUGUGUCAACUCUAGAUACCAUUGUCCAGUACCAGAACGAGCCACAGCCAGGCGAACACUCCACAUCAUUGAGACGUGAUCCUACAUCCUUGAUACAACCAUUUCAAACUUUAUUAUUGACGUCACUUCUCAACAUGGAGUAGGCAACACAUGAAGUGCUAACAUGCUUCACAAAGAGCUCAAAAUCUAUAGCGUCGUGUCUCUUUAUAUGUUGCGGUGAUAUCUGUUCGCAGAUACCACCGCGUGUGACACUCCAUGUGUACCUACUCCGUGACAUUAACAUCUAUUAGUCGUCAAUACUUCUAUUACGCUACUGGAAUUCGCAUCCAGUGUUAGAAAAAAGUAGUUCUGAUUUAUUCUACAUAUCAGGGUUAUCACGUCUCAUAUCAAAUGUUUCAUUAAUACAUUUAGUAAAAAUUCUUCGGGAGACAUCCUGUCAUCGAAUCGAAAUUCAAAAUUAAUAAUUUAAUUUAUAGAAUUGGCUAAAAUUUAAGGUAAAAUCUGUAGGGAAUUAUUGAAAACAAUGUGUUACGCUAUCGCUAUGAAGCUGCUUGAGUAGUCGACGACACAGUCAGCCUUCUAUCGACAACACAUGUCGAUUAGUAAACAAAUCGAAUAAAAGUAUCGAUAACGUAAUCGAAUCAAAGGUGUAACUGUUUCAUCGGCUACGCAUCGAAGGAGUUUGACUUUCCUUUUCAUAUACAGGCUAUAUGAUUACGAGAAAGUUGAUAAAUAAAGGUAAUGUGUGUACUGUAACCAAUAGCACGGUGUCUGAUGAUAGAUAGGGGUAUAAUACUAAAACAUAGUGCAUUCGUGGACGAACUAAUCGAGGUUUUAUAACAAAAAACGACAACUAAUCGAUAAAUGGUCAAGUAGAGUUGAUUUAACUAGUCGCAAGUCGAAAAAAAUGUUAGUAGUGUUUUGACAUAUUUUUCUUUGCUGAAAGUGCGUAAUUCAUGUCAGCUGGUACCUGUUAUUUGAAUAGUAAUCGGACGCGUUUCAUCGACGUGUCCGGAGCGUUGGAAUACUCAAACGGCCGCGUCGCCGCGGGCGUGGGACUGUUCCAAAACUCAAACGUAUCAUCUUAUAAUCUGUAAAAUAGAAUGCAUUUUUUAGAGAUUACACGAAAGAUAUAAUUAAAAAAAAAAAACGAAAAAAUAAAAAAUCGUAGGUAUGUUUUUUAUAUAAUUGACGUGAUGCACUUUUCCCGUUUGGUUUGUUGUGUUAUUUGCUUCGUUUUAGUAUGUCCGCCAUUUAUUUACCCGCCCUGUCCCGAGCACCGAGUGUAGAUAGACACAGCUACUCACUAAUGUAAUGUGUUUGCGCUGUUGAAUGUAUGAGUGAAUGGUAUAGUUCAUUCUGUAUUUGACAGGUUCAUUUAGUUCGAUCGAUUAUUCGUUAGGUUGUAGAUUUGAGCUUGCAUUUAUGCUCGUAAGCUUCAUUAUUUAACAUUGUUUUUAUUUCCCAGCGUAUGUACACCUCCUUCGCUUUGUGAUCGCUAUUAUUUGCCUGGUCUUUCUUAAGUAUUUAGAGAGUAAUGUGAUUUUAUGAUAUGUAUUGUGUGUUUCAGGGUUUGCGAAGUGUUUUGCCUUUUAUUAUACCCAGCAUUUAAUAAUUUUAUUAUUCUCAUUAAUUAGAUAAUUUGACGGUGCUUUUAUGUUAUCACUGAUGUAAGUGAACAUAUUUAAAGAAAAAAAAUUUAAAACACAAAAAAAUAUUUUCUUUUUUUAUAAGUGGUCUACUCGUGAUUGAUAAGUAGGUUUACUUAUUUUGUUUUUCAAAAAAAACUUUGUAAUCAUUUGUAUGUAGUCGUCGUGUUAGGUUAGGUUGAUCGUAUAUUAUAGGUAUUGUAUUCCAAAAUUAUGUUACCUGUAAUGAAUUUACAAUGUGAACAAUUAGAAUGGCGAGACCUCAUUCUUAAAUGAAGUAAUGUCAAUUACACGAAUGCGUUUAUGUAUGCAACGCGAACUUAUCAAGUUCCCAAGUCUUAAUAGUAAAAUGUAGGAACUACAUCAUUAUAAUUUUGUAGGCAGUUUAUUUAAUAAAGUAAAUACUUGACUCAUUUCGCUAUUAUGUUUGUUUAGGACUGAGGUUUCCCUUACUGUAUUAAUAUUUUACUGUAUUGUGAAUAGCGUGGGGCUAAUCCACUCCCAACUUUAUCUUUCAGUAUUUAAAGUGAAAAUAUGAACCUUCCAAAGACGAAAAUCGCAUAUAACAUUAUUAUAAAGCUUUUUCAGACUGUGUAGAAAUAGAAAACAAAAAUAGACGAACAAAAUAAAAAAAGAAAUUACGUUUACCUUUUUAUCGAUUAAAUAUCAACAGCCUCAGUAAUCGAAACACCAAUAUCGAUUUAUAAAAAAAUAAGUGAUAUUUUUAGACUUAUCGAUUUAAUAGUUGAGAAUAUUUUUUUAUUUAUUUUAUUUGACGAAACGUUUCCUUAUCGAAGACGCUUUUAUUAGUCAUUUUUAACAAUUUCAUUGUUUCGAGGCACAUUGUAAAAGUACUCGUUUUUAAAACUAUAUCACAAUCGAUCUCUAAGGUCUAAUAAUCGUUGUAGAAGCGAUUAUCAUGAAAAUCGAUUGUCUGUUUGUGAUAAUCGAUUUUCUGAUAACGCUCCCUUUGAAAUUUCUGCUCGGUAUAAUCAUAUCGUAAAUGGAUCCAUGAAUGUAACUCCAGUUUAUUUAUGUAAGCUUCUUCGUAAGAUACGUCUGUAGUUAGGUACGUAUGUACAAUUAAAUGUUAAUUAAAAUGAA